GCCACAGCUGAUUUCUCUCCUCCCACCGAUGAUGGCCUGUCCCAAACGCAAGACAAAAACAAAUUUCGCGUACAAAGGGACAUAAAUACUAGCGCGUGCUCUGUUCGCGACGACCGACCCGUUCAUCUCCCCCCUGGCCGUUCAACCGCGGACAAAGAUGGUUUCUCCUGUCACUGUGGUCAAGAGCGAGGGUCCAAAGCUUGUUCCGUUCUUCAAAGCCACUUGCGUCUACUUUGUUCUGUGGCUGCCCACCUCGAGCCCCUCCUGGUUCAGUGCCCUCAUCAAAUGCCUGCCCAUCUUCUGUCUUUGGGUUUUUUUGCUCGCUCAUGGCAUCAGCUUUUUAGGUGCCCACUCCAGUGCCAGGAAAAUCCUGGCAGGACUUAUUUUUUCAGCUUUGGGUGACGCAUUUCUCAUCUGGCAGGAACAAGGCUACUUUAGUCAUGGACUCCUAAUGUUCGGUGUCACCCACAUCCUCUACUCUUCAGCCUUUGGGAUGAAGCCCCUCAACUUGAGAGCUGGUCUGGUCAUCGCUGUGAUCUCAGGCCUCAGCUACACCCUUCUGUACCCCUACCUCUCUGGUCCCUUCACCUACCUGGUAGCUGUUUACAUCGCUCUCAUCGGCUUCAUGGGCUGGAGGGCCAUCGCUGGAGUCCAGCUCGCCAAUGACCUCUGGACCUGGACGAAACUGUCGGCCUGCCUUGGAGCCGUCCUCUUCAUGGUGUCUGACCUCACCAUUGCCGUCAACAAGUUCUGCUUCCCAGUUCCCCACUCCCGAGCCAUCAUAAUGGCCACCUACUAUGCUGCCCAGAUGUUGAUCGCAUUGUCGGCUGUAGAAUGUCAAGACGCCGAUGCGGCUCGGAAAAGAGCCUGAGGAACCACACAUUAACAAACCUCCCCCAAAUGACUCAACAUCAUUAGCAGCUACACAAGUUCCACUUUCUGCAACCCCUGGUCCAUCCACAGUUCCCCUCCAUGACCAGGAUAUAUUGAUUAUAGUUGAGGAAUUGCCUGUUUAGGAUUAUGUGAGACCAAACCAAUGGGAGUAUUCCAUGCUGGAUUCAUUUACAAGGUUAGAUAGUCUUGUAGUCUUAAUCAGGUUCACUCUUGACUCAUUCAGGUCUCUGUCCAUACUUACAAUACUGCAUUUGUUUUCUGUAGUAGCACCUUCUUUUUGGUAUCGAGUAAGGAAAGACAGAUGAGUUUUGGCCUUCUGGUUACGAAUCUUCAUUUUUCCCCAACUUAGAGUUGCCUUCCCAUUUAGUAUUGUUCCCAAUUUGAUUGAGACAAUCAGUUUGUCUUCUUAAUGUCUAUGAUAUAUUGCCCACUUCAUAGAGUCCCUGAUGGCUUAUAUUGUGAACAAAGGGUGAAUCUUGAGUGACCAGUGUUUGUAUGCAGAAUGGACUAGCAAACAAUACAAAGUAGUUCCAAUUCUUCUUAGGGGGCUGGUUUCCCCACCUCAGCAUAGAUUUUCUAAAUUUAAUCAUACUAAAGCAGAUAUGUAAGUGUAGUGCUGCUGUACUGAAAUUCAAUGCACAAGUCCAUGUAUUAGUAUUGUGAGCUAUACCUUAUCCAGUGUCAGUGACACAUUGCAAAGUCAUUUUGUUUCAUGGCUUUGGAUUAGUACACAAAGCUCCAUGCCUGCAUACACGUGAUGGAGAAGUUAUCGUGUCAAGCCCAAUUGGCUGCAAACAGUGCUAACAUUGUCUCUGGAGUAGAUAAAGCCCAUAUCCUACACUCUGUGCUGAGACGUGACCAAUACCAAUAGGAAAACACAGCACGAGACUUUCAUAAUAAUGGAUGCCAGUCUCUUUCUUGGAGGGGAUUUGGUGACGGUGUCGGUGUUAUCUUAGUCUUAGGUUUCUGCCAAGUCAGCAGCAUCGCUCAGUACCUCUACCACAAGGAAACAGCAAAUAAGUAUGAACUAUUUAUUUUGUCUGUACAGUAUCAGAUGAUGUUUGUAAAGAGGGCGUGAUGUCAGACGAUACACAUGUAUCAAGCUUCCAACCACUUUCCUUUGUCUAUUGCCAGCAGGAAGCGUUUUACUCAAGGGAAAGUGGAAAGCCCUGUGGUGGGCGAAUAGACAUCUGUGUCGUCAGCUUUAGAUUAGCUGGUCUUUUAUUUUUAAGCCAGUAUUUUUUUUCCCACUUAUUCACAUCCAAUCCUCCACCUAAAAUGUGUGAGCAUUUCACAGCGUGUCAAUAUUUCACAGUACAGUGUUCUCAUUUUUAUUGUGUGUGGUACUGAGGGUUUUUUUUUUUAGCUGAGUCACAUACUAGAGUGAAUCAUACCAUAUUUCACUACACAAUAUAAAGCAUAUAUUUUGCAUAAUUAAAAUGUCUAUUUUAGGAUCAUAAAGUAUUUCUCUCUUUUUUUGCAUUACUUUAUAGGUGUUUUGCUUUUGCUAUUAUUCUCAAUAAUGAUUCUUGAAUUAAUGUUUUUUCCCACUUCUUUAUGGUACAACUAAUGCAAAAGUAAAUUCAUAUAAUUAAUAAGGCCUUAAUUUACAUAAAUAUAUCAGCCAGUGAUACUAAAAUAGGCUUAAUUUUAUUUAUGCAAAAUAUUCAACUAUAAAUAUUAUUUUCUUUGCGGUGAAAUAUGAUUAGGACAUUUUCUUGACAGGCUUCGUAAGGCUUAACACAACAGUACUGUAUUUAUAAUCAGUUGAUUUGAACUGAUUGUUGUUUUUAUGUAUAAAUCUCAAUAAGGGAUCGUCCGUUGAUCUUUCACCAAAUGAGGGAACCGUCAGCCAUGAUGGAAAGUACAGAUUGGGCUCAUAUGUGCUCAGCUGUUGUACCCUCAGGUGUGAGUGGAAAUGAGCUUUGGAUGCAAACACAGCUGAUCACUCAACAAUGGUCCAUUUUAAAGAAAUACGACAUCUUUAACCUGGCUGGGAUGCGCUGAACAGCGACAUAUAGAAGUGGACUGGCGUUAGACUCCGAUUUAUUUGUUUUUAAUGUGAAUGAAAAUGAUGCCGUACUCUUAGGUGACUUAAAUUUUUAAUUCAAAGACUUGUUUUCAGGCACAUUAAAAUUAAAUGGUGUCUACACAACCCUGUUGGCCAUUGCGUCCAGUACAUUGUUACGCACAUAAACGCUACUGUCGUUAUCAACACGCACACACUCAGCUCAAGCGCUGAGCUCUCGAGAAGCAGCGAGGCUAUUUUGACACAUUUGCUUUAUGCCAAGUUUCAUAGGUUCCCUAUUCAGGGGUCACAUUGUCAGCAAAACCAUUUCAGCUUAGUCGUAAAACCGUACGUGAUUUGCAAGGUCAUCAAACAGCAUGUCUCUUCAGAGCCAUUGUGAGUCAAGCUGCAAAUCGGUGAUGUGUUGUGAAGGUCUGCGGCGGAACGACGUUUUGAGUGAAGUUGCAAUCGUUUGUUUGAUGGUUUUCAUGAAAAUAAAGAGUCCCAGAGCAUUCCCCUGAAUCUUGUUUUAGGGGCAAACGGACUUUGUAGUGAUUUAGAGUCCCUUCUUAUAGUAAAUGUUAUGUAAGCAUUGUUUGAUGGCAAUAUUACUGCUUAGCAUUUCUUUUCUUCCUUGUUUACAACCUGCUGUCACCUCCCAGAUGGUUAGAAUUCGACCUCGCCUGGUCGUUUCCUUCUCUAUUGUGUUAAUGCAGACUCCAUAGAGGAGAACAGGUGCCUUCUGUUUCCAUCGCUGAAAUGCUGUCUGUUGAGAAGUGUCACUGGCACGGGGAAGAUUUCCUUUCCAUCUGGCUUUGCUUUAGUUCGCGACCUUAUUCAAAUGGCAAUGAGCGCGAUCGUUUUACCCCCUCUGUCAGCGCUUGUGUGUUUGAUGCUUUUGUGUCGAGUCGAGGGGGAUGAAACAGAAUGCCGGGACUUCAGUGGGUUCAGUAUUGAUGACAGUGUUUAGGUAUAGCGAUCCUGUCGUUGAAGAUAAUGAGGAAUAAACCACUUGGUUCAAAGCACACCGUUGAGUGAUGUAAAUAUCUGCACUUUUCCGUUUCAUCUCUUUACUACCUUCCUGAAAUUCUGUGUUUGAGGUUGAGGCGCAAAUGCUCAACGCAAUUCCCAAAGGCCAAUUUUGUUCCUAGCUGUGCUAUCCCAAAUGUCAGGUUACAAUUCAUUAAGUAACACAAGUAUAUGCUGCAUUCGGAGCAUUGCCACAAGGGGCACUAUAAGUUGUGUUUUGGUUUUUUUUGACAUCAAUCGUUGUCAUGGAAGAUCUACAGUUUGAAUAAAGACCCGUUCACACCAAGAACAAUAACUUUAAAGGUAACUAUAAAUAACUUGAAACGCUCAAGCUCUUUAAAGUUGAAUGGAGUCUGAGUGUCAUGAGUGUUUUUAUAGCUGGAAAAAAGUGAUUCCAAUAAUAUCUCUCCUCCGUGAGGUUAACAUUGUUUUCAAUUUUUUUAAUCUUUUCAGCUAUAGUUUAAGGAAUUCUCCACCUCAGUAUGAAAAUGUUGUCAUUAUGCACUUACCCAAAUGUCGUUCCAAACCCGUAAAAACUUAGUUUGUCUUCUAAACACAGUUUAAGGUAUUUUAGAUGAAAACCUGGACUGUCCCAUUGACUUCCAAACAAUUGUCACUGUCCAGUGAAGUAUAAAAAUCAUCGGCAGAAUGCUCCAUCUGCCAUCAGUGGUUCAACUCGAAUGUUAUGAAGUGACGAGAAUGCUUUUUGUACACAAAGAAAAUAAAAAUCACAACUUUAUUCGACAGUUUCUCUCAUCUGUGUCUCUUAGCGUCACCGUAGCCGCUAAAAACGCUGUUCUGUGUCAGCCGCGCCACAAGGAUGCGCUGUUUUUUUUCUUUUUAAAUCCAAGCGUAAAUAUGCGUAGAAAACUGACAAAAGAUUGUAAGUAGUUUGCAUCUUGUGCAUAUUCUCCAAAAUGGUGCUGUGGUUAACGCAGUGAGAUACAGAGAAGACAAGUUAUUGAAUAAAGUCGUUAUUUUGAUUUUCUUUGCGUAGAAAAAGUAUUCUCGUCGAUUCGUAACUUUAUUUUUGUUCAAUGACAAAACUUUCAUGGCUUGAGGGAAUUUUUUUUCUGAAAGUGAUUUCAAUAAUAUCCGUUCCUUUGUGUCGUAGUAUUCAACCGAUUUUUUUUUUUUAAACGUCGUCUCUUGUGUGAACGGCUCUGUAGUCACGCCACGUAAAUUUCUAGCCUUUGUGUGCAAUACCGUAACCAGUACCCUGUGGAUUAAGUUCUCGACCAUGUCCAAUUUUCAAUUCACUUUAUUUUUGCGUCACAAUAUAGGGCACCUUUUAAAUGCACUUUGCUAGAGAGGUUGAUGUACACCUUUUGUCCUAUUGUUGCCAUCUUAUUUUACAAAAAUAUAUAUUUGUUCCUAAACCUAGUGAGCUACCACGCCUGCUGUCUGAAUCAGCAGCUUCCUUUUAUGUAAAAUGAAACAUAAUCAGUGACAGGAGUCUUUCAUUAGCAUGUUGCUAAGCUAACACAGUAGCUACUGUCACAACAGAUCGUUUUAUUUCGAUCGAAUAGUGUUUAUUGACGACGUGUUUUCAGUAUUAAGUGAAAUUUAAGUAUUUACUAGCCUGAAAUGCUGUCUAGGUAGCUCACUAGGUUUAAGCUUUCAGACAGUAGAUGAGAAAACCAGAAAGCUAAUUUUUUUUUUUUUUUUUUUUUUUCCGACUUGGGAUAGUUUUUGCUUUCAAACGUUCGAAGAUUGCGCACAAUCACAACUUUACCAAGUUUGUUUUAUGUUAUUGUAUCACCUCUGCCUUCCAGAGUAAAUCAAAGGGUCGUUGCUGUUGCUAACAUCAGAUAUAGUAUGAUCUGGGUUGGUACCAUUUUAUGAGAAAAGUCUUAUACGAUACCAACAUAUUAACAUGAAUAUUAACCACAGGCGACUCUAACUGCUGUAGAGAACUAAUAGGCAAAAUUGCAAACGUAUUCAUAUGUAACACAGAAAACAUGACCAUAAAGAUGGACCAAUAUUAUUAUAGAGUUCCUUAGAAUCAAAUAUAUGUUUGAAACAUAUUAUGACUAUGCUGUAUGUAAAAAGGCAGUGACAAUACUUUGAGUAGUAAAAGCUGUGCUGUUAUGAUUGCAAUCUUUAAAAAAUACGAAAAAGAAGUGGUUUAAUGGUCUGACGUAUGUGAACAAUAUUACUAAAAUAAGGGAAUCUCUGAUUUUUUUUUGGAAUACCUCUCUCUUUCUCUUGCUAUAUAUCUAUAUAUUUUUUACAGUUGACCCUUAACAUUGUGAAGUUAUUAUUAUGUUGUGAACGAAUGCUGUUAUUAUUUUUUUUCUGAGCAGAUGUGAGGUCUAUUAAAUAUUUUGCCUUAUUGUUAUAAUGUCCAGUAGUUUAAUUCCUUUCGUUAUCGUUGUUAAAAGGACUGUAGUGCUCCUUUACUAUAGUGAUACUGCUAUGAAUGUGAUUUAGUCCAAGUGAGAAAUAAAUGCAACUGCAAUGCAAUGGAAAAUGUG